AUGGAGAGGAAGCAGGUGGAGAAGAAGCGGAGGGAUAACUUGAAGUCCCUCUAUAACCAUCUCUUUUCUCUGCUCCCAACUCAUAUCUCUCUGGGAGGAAUGGCUCUUCCAGAUCAAGUGGGAGAAGCCGUGAAUUACAUACAAACUUUGCAGAAUCAACUGGAGAAGAACAAGCAGAAGAAACAAAAAUUAUUAUUAUUAAUGGAGCAGCAGCGAAAAAGGCCUCACUACUACUCUUCAUCAUCAUCAUCAUCAUCAUCAUCUUCUUCCAAUUUCUGCAGUAAUUCAACGACCAAGAAACCUCUGAUCCAAGUUGUUGACAUCGCACCCGACAUUGACGUUGUUCUGAUCGAUGGUCUGGAAGACAUAGCUGCGUUUCACAACAUCAUCGCAAUACUCAACCGACACGGCCUUGAAGUUUCCACUGCCAUUUUUCAACCCCGCGGAAACUCCACUCUGCAGAUUCUCCACCAACAACAAACUAAAACAGUGUACGAGAAACUAAAACAAGCGGUUAAUGGAUCCUCCGGCGAUGAACCAGAAUCAUUAGAUUCCUGGGAUUACGAUAUUUGGGGAUUCCCUAUACUAGAAACAUCCCAAGGACAGCUUCACAAUCCACCACCAUACUGA